CGAAAAUGCACGUGACUUUCUUUCCUUUAGCCAUCGAACAGACCCGCAUAUUGCUUGCACCUGGCGCUGCCAGGUAUCUGCAACAAGUCCGAUUCCCUAGGUUAUUACCAAAGCGGGCAUCUGUGGACCUGAUCCUUGCAAGGCUGCCUUACUAGGCGUACACGCUUUACCACAAGCAAAGUCUCCGAAACUAAUUGACGCUUUGAAGACUAAAAAAAUGGCGCUUCUUACUUCCAAGACAGGAAGCCCUAGCCUGGUUCGCCGCUCUGUCGCUGUUCGCCCUUGCACCGUUGCACCUGUGCGCCCAUUUACUCCUGCUCGUCAGCAUGCGGCGGGCAUCAGAGCCAUGGCUGCCCCUGCUGAGGUGGCUGAGUUGAGGAAGCAGCUGACAAACUUGGACCGUGUGACGAUCCUGUCUGAGGCGCUGCCGUACCUCCAAAAGUUCCGCGGCAAGACUGUGGUUGUCAAGUACGGUGGCGCUGCCAUGAAGGAUCCGACCCUCAAGGCCGGUGUGAUCACGGACCUCGUGCUUCUGUCCUGCGUGGGCAUUCGCUGCGUGCUGGUGCACGGCGGCGGCCCCGAGAUCAACUCCUGGCUGGCCAAGGUGGGCAUCGAGGCGGUCUUCAAGAACGGCCUGCGUGUCACGGACGCUGCCACCAUGGAGAUCGUGGAGAUGGUGUUGGGCGGCCGGGUGAACAAGUCGCUGGUGUCGCUCAUCCAGCAGGCGGGCGGCAAGGCGGUGGGGCUGACGGGCAAGGACGGACAGCUGCUCAGGGCGCGGCAGAUGGUUGAGCUGGACAUCGGCUACGUGGGCGAGGUGACGCGCGUGGACCCCACCAUCCUCAACGUCCUCUGCGACGACGGCUACAUCCCCGUCGUCGCCACCAUCGCAACCGACACCUCGGGCCAGGCGCUCAACAUCAACGCCGACACCGCAGCGGGCGAGAUUGCCGCGGCGCUGAAGGCCGAGAAGCUGGUGUUGAUGACGGACGUGCCGGGUGUGCUGCGCGACAAGAACGACGUGGGCACCAAGAUCCAGGCGCUGGACAUCCGGCAGUGCCGGGAGCUGAUCGGGGAGGGCAUCAUUGCGGGCGGCAUGAUUCCCAAGAUCGAGUGCUGCAUCCGCUGCUUGUCGCAAGGCGUCAAGGCCUCGCACAUCAUCGACGGCCGCGCCAAGCACUCCAUCCUCAUGGAGCUGCUGACGGACGAGGGGGUUGGUACCAUGAUCACCGGCUAAGCAUAGUCAGCCUUUGGGGGGAGGUUCGGUGCUAUGAUCAGCGGUUAAGCGAGGAAGGGGCCCUAAGCACAGACGAUAAUUAUGGUAAGGGGCCGCUUACUCGGUAAAGGGCUCAAGCACAAGCACGAGUACGACUCGUACGACAGCACGGAAAGCAGCCAGCGGUGUUCGCAUUGUGUACGAACCACGUGGCGCUUGAGGCGUUAUAUGGGGUGACGUGUCGUGCGGUUACCGGUAAACAGGAUCUACGGGACGUUUCUACUAUAGGCAUAGUGUGCUGCACGAGCAUGUGUCCAUGCUUUGCCCGGAUACGCAAAGAAGAAAGCGAGCGCGGGGAAUGCUGAAAGGCAAAGGCAGCUUCUAGUAGCUGACCGCUGAAGAUAUUGAGCGAAAGCGCUGAAAAGUGCUGAUGCGUUGCGAGUACCCGCGGGUGCUAGGGGCAGGUUGUGUUGGCCUCUGGACAUCGGGGGCUGCGGUCACGUUGGGGAAGUGGUUAGGCGAGCGAUAGCGGACCUAGCGUAUGGCUUGCGUAAUCGCGGGAAACGAGGGAGGCGGAGGGGCUUUCCAAGAGUCGCCGGGUCGCCAUCAGCUGCAAGGCCCGAUGCAGACCAGGCGUGCUUUUGGCUGUUGCCAGGUCAGGAUGGUCGGCAUCGUACAUCGCUGCAAGGCUCCUGUGCCUUCCCCCGUCACUGAAGAAAUUAUGGGGUAAGAUGCGUGUCGCAAGGAGGGUAGACGGCUGGAAGCCCGAUGUGACAUGAUGUCGUACUGCACGGGCGCGUACAGGCAAGGUUGCGAUUGGAUUAUUGAGAGAG